AGUAUGGAGAAGUCCUUGACACAAAGACUGCUUUAUAAGAGUGUGUCCAACGUCUCACGCAAUUAACUGACUACUAUUUUGAAAGUGAAAUGCAGAGUGGAUGCUGUAUAUGCUCACCCCGGGACUGCUGAAGUUGGAGACCACGGUGUCUGUUCAGAAUCAGGCAGACCACGGUGUCUGUUCAGAAUCAGGCAGUCAGGCAGGUGCAGGCCCAACAUCUUGGGAAGCAGGACUGCCUAGCCUGUUGCUCGACGUGUUGCCACUUCCCAUGUAUAGGCCUCACAGACAGAUCCUGGGGAGGUGAGACUGCAGUGUCACAUGGCAAAGCCAAGUUAUCCUUCCCUUCUUGCAGGGACACCAGCGGCAGAGGACUGGUUUCUUUGGUUUUAUCCCGUAGCUGAUUAAAGAUGCCUUUGUUCACCAAAAUCCAGGUCACUAGGACUUGGUGGAAACCAAAAACAAACCACAAGCCAGAAAGAAUUGGUGGUAUGUGUGGGAGGAGAGACCUUCAGUGGUGUGUGUGUGUGUGUGUGUGUGUGUGUGUGUGUGUGUGAAAGUGUGUGUGUAUGUGUGUGUGUGAAUGUGUGUAUGUGAAUGUGUGUGUGUAUAUGUAUGUGUAUGUUUGUGUAUGUGUGUGUAUGUGAAUGUGUGUGUGUAUAUGUAUGUGUAUGUGUGUAUGUGUGUGUAUGUGAAUGUGUAUGUAUAUGUGUGUGUAUGUUUGUGUAUGUGUGUGUAUGUGAAUGUGUGUGUAUGUGUGUGAAUGUGUGUGUAUGUAUGUGUGAAUGUGUGUGUAUGUGAAUGUGUGUGUUUGUGUGUGUGUGAAUGUGUGUGUAUGUGUGUGUAUAUGUGUGUCUGUGUGUGCUUGAAAGAGAGGCACAGACAGAGGAACCUUCCCAUUCUCAUUAGAAGCUCAGCUGUUUUGAUCACAGUGAUGUUCAUCCCAACUGAUGCUCUGGAUGGUGAUUAGCUGGACCUUACAGCCCUGGACAGUGUCUUCCAGCUCACUGAUCGCCAAGAGUGAAUCACAGGACUGCUUGACAGAGACUCGGAGUGGCUCCAUGUGAACUUGAUGACAUAGUGUUGAGGUAGUGAAGGGUCAGAGGCUACAGGUAGUAUUUCCCCCUAUGUCCUGAACAGUAAGAGGUAGCUGCUUCCUGUUCCUCUUACCAUGACCCAUCAGAGAGAGUCAGUCAUAGUUGGGGCCCUGCUUCUACUUGGGGUGGCUGUGACACUUUGGGAAAGGAGCCAAUGGCUGCUGCCAACAGGAAGCAUGCGUCUGUUGAUCGUGGCUGGCAGGAGGCUCCAGUUUCCAUGGUUACUGUGUAGGGUGGUUUAGUUAGCAGGGCUACUUAAGGGAAGCCUGGCAUUGAGGACAGCAAUUUGGUGUGUUUGGUGGAGGGUGAGGGGUGGGGGAUGUCCCUUUGGCAGCUGAAGCCUUUAGUUGGAAUGGGGUAUGGACAGUGCUUGACUUCAGGAAUGGGGAUUUCCUGCAAGAGUCCACACAGCUGCAAGGCUAGCCUUGUCACCUACUGGCUAUUUCCCUUGGUAUAAAGAAGCAAGCCUCUUGGGUGGUCUGAAGGUGGCGCUUCAAAGCACCCUAGAACCUCCCUUCCUAGAGUCCUGCCCACUGGCUCCUUCCUUCUAGGAUUCUAUUAGAGGCUCUCUUCCCACCCACAGAAAGGCAUGGUGUUUAGAAAACCCUGAGUCUGAAUUGGUUUUAAAUUCCAUGUACCAAGAAAUCCGUGAGAACCACUUCUCCUGGUGUCAACAUUUCCGUGUGGCUACACACAUGACAGGUGUUAUUUCUCAGCUCUAUAAAAUCUUUCCUUUUGGCUUCCAUGCGGUCAGCUAACUGGGUUCUGCAGUCCAAAGCUGGAAUCUCUGGUCCUUUGUUCUCUGCAGAAUGACAGUCCAUUCUGGUCCUCUGUUUCUUUGCAACUAGAAUAGAAGAAUCGUUGUGAAGAGAAGGGGGGUGGGGGUUUGAUCACUGUGGGUAGCAGACAUUUAAAAGCAUAACCAGGCGCUGAAGGGCACUUUGGGAUCUCAUGCAAUUAGCAUCUGUAGUUGCAAGAAUAUAUUAUUUUAGUUUCUCUUUGGCCAUUUUAGAAGAAAAUAUAGAUUUUUUUUAAGCGCUGCUUCAGAAAUUAUUUUUUGAGUGUGGAACAAAAGCAUCAUGUGUUCAGGAAACAGUUGCUAAUAAGAUUCACAUGUUCUUAAAUACUGAUAGAACAGUAUUUGGCCAGUUUUGUAGACAUUUCUUAGAGAAAUCCUCAGGUGACAGGGCAGUGACUCUGUAGUGACCUGAAUGGCAUUAUUCUGUUUUUACUUAACUCUGAAGCACUUGAUAUAAAGCACUGGAUAUAUAUGAAGCAUAUAUAUAUAUGUGUGUGUGUGUGUGUGUGUGUGUGUGUGUGUGUGUAUACACACAUGUAUAUAGAUAUAUAUUUCUAUGUAAUUUAGGUAUUCAUUAUUUGCAGAUUUGCUUUCAAGAAUAUAUUUUAGGGCUGGCAAGAUGGUUCAGUGAAGGUGCUUACCAUCCAAGCCUAAUGUGGGUUUGAUCCCCAGAACCUACUGAAAACUGGAAGAAGAGAGCAAACUUCACGGAACUGUCCUUGGAGCUGUGUACCCGCACUGUAACAUAACACGCUCCACCCCAACACACAGACACACAGUAAUAUAUAUACUUGAGGAAUAUACUCUCUUUCGCUGGAAUUCAGAUGUCUUUGCUGACUUAUCUUAUUGAGUCUCUGGGCAGGAGUGAGGAUUCUUCUUUCCUUGGGCCCUGGAAGUAUUUUUCCAGCCGUUGGAGAGGUUUUUAGCCUGAAGGGGUUGCCAUUUCCUGCCAAGGGAAUCUAGGCGGUGAACUGGGCCCCCUUGGUAGCGGCUCUCGGCCUGGCUGAUGAGUCACGGCAGCAAAGGUCCCCUGGAGACUUAGCCUUUGAACCCAUCAGACAGAAAUGAUAGCAAAUAGAGAAUGCUUCCUUCUGGGUGCAAGACGUUGACCCUAAAGGAAAAUGUUGACCUACUGACUGGACAAACUCGGGGCUCAGCCAUCUCCCUUAACCAUCUGAUGGCUCAGGUAGACUUUACAAGGUCUAGGAGCUCUCAGGACAGCUAGGCCGCUCUCCAAUACGGCACAUGUGAGGGAGGAAGGAAAGCUCAUGCAAGGAGAGGUAAAACCAGCUUCCCCAGCUCUUCCCAAGCCUGGAGAGCCUUCAGAUCCCUGAGCCCCAUGCUGGACAUGUCCUAGGCAGAUCCCCUGCGUCUUCUGGAGUGUGUGAGGCUGGUGGCUGAUCAAAUAUAGAAUCUGCUCACUGGCCACUGGACAAACAAUUCCCCACUUUUAUAGGCAGCUCUGACCUAGACCAAAGGCCAAGGCCCCGGGGGAUUUGCCACUAAUCCGCUGGAUACUCCUCAUACCUCUCUCGUGCCUCAUCCGGUGUCGUUCCUCGCUGGAAUGAAUAGGUUCUGUUUCUCCCUCGUUACAUAGCUCUGCCCGGGUGAAGUUUUAGGGAACUUCAGGUCGCAUUCUGCUUUUAAAGAGGGCUGGAGCUACUGAAAGCUCAUCGGAGGAAUGGCAGGAAAGGGAGAGCUGUGUGGCCAAAACCUGGGCUUGAUUUUACAACAAAACCAACCAACCAGAAAAAAGAAAAACACAACACAGCAAAACAAACAAACAAACAAAAAAGCAUAGCAGAAUAGUUGAAUGUCCGCUGUAACUGCAAAGAAUGAGGAAAAUUACAGGUGUCUCCCUCAAGGUGUUCUUGGCCUCUUUCUCUAGAGUCUUCUAGAAAGACCCUCCUUGGUGGUGGUGAAUGCAGGGCUUGUGCACUGAAGCCGGGCUGGGCAGGGCAGACAAUUAACUGGAGAUGGGCAAUUAAGUGAAGGACUUAAAGGGGCUGAGGGGAGGAGGACAAACAGCUGGGUCAGGAGGGAGAGCUCAAUCCCUCUCCUCCCUCCGGCUGCACAGCCAGGUGGGGAGGACAUAGGCCCUUCUGGGUGUUUGCCGACAGACUUGCUAAUUAAACACCAAAAGGCAAUGGUGCUUUGCUAAUAACGAGGACUGUGCCAGUGUUAUCAGCUGCAAACUUACUUGCCAGGAGCAGUAAUUAAAAGUAAACAGCUCUGGAGGUGGGCAUAGAGACCCGGAUCCUGGCUGAUUGCUUAGAACAGCUAAGAUGACUCUCAGGGAAAGCCAGAAGCUGAUCACCUGUGGGCCACCCUUCCUCAAAGGAACCACUGUCUCGCACUAAGAUGGUGUGAUGUACGGCUCGCCCUGCUUCUAAAACAGCCCCUAAGUGCUGGGGUGAGAAGCAAGCAAAGCCGUUGGGAGCAGACUGCUCAUGGUGGGGUGUGCUCCAGCCCUGAAAAGGGAAGGCUGCCCAGAGUGGGGGCGGGGUGGGUAUAACGAUUUCUCCCUGGCCUCUGAAUUAGGGGACUAAAAGCUAAAGCACAGGCCCUCUUGUAAGAGGGGUUAGAAUUUCAUCAAGUCUGGUCACAUGAGAAUUUCUGGCACCGUGUGCCUGGCAGGCUGGACACAAGCCGGCCAGAAUUGAGCGAGUGGAUCGUAUUGGCUUUGGCGGAGGGGAAAAGUCACGGACUGGCCUGGGAGAAGGAGCCGACUCACUCCCUUGGCUGCUGGCUGCGGACAGGAGCCGCAGAGCGUGGGGCUGGGGCUCUGCCACCCAAUGCCCCCUUCCUUUUAACUUCGACGGAGGUGUGUGGGGUCUGGGACCGAGGACAAAAUGCCUAAGGAAUGCAGUGCCUUCCAUGCCCUCUCCGCAGCCCUGUGCUGUUUCUAUCAGCGCAAGUCUUUCUUUGGAGUCAAGUUCUCCAAGGAGAGGCACAUCAUGGACAGGACCCCUGAGAGGCUGAAAAAGGAACUGGAGGAGGAGCUACUGCUGAGCAGCGAGGACCUACGCAGCCAUGCCUGGUACCACGGCCGGAUCCCCAGACAGGUGUCUGAAAACCUUGUGCAGCGGGAUGGGGACUUCCUGGUUCGUGACUCCCUGUCUAGCCCUGGAAACUUUGUCCUGACCUGUCAGUGGAAGAACCUUGCUCAGCACUUUAAGAUCAACCGGACUGUUCUGCGGCUCAGCGAGGCCUACAGCCGUGUGCAGUACCAAUUCGAGAUGGAGAGCUUUGACUCCAUCCCCGGGCUGGUACGCUGCUACGUGGGAAACCGGAGGCCCAUCUCCCAGCAGAGCGGCGCCAUCAUCUUCCAGCCUAUCAAUAGGACAGUGCCCCUUUGGUGUCUGGAGGAGCGUUAUGGCACCUCACCAGGCCGAGGCCGGGAGGGCAGCUUUGCUGAGGGAAGACCAGAUGUGGUGAAGAGACUGAGCCUCACCACAGGUGGCAUCCAGGCUCGGGACCACAGCUUGCCCAGAGGAAACCUCCUCAGGAAUAAGGACAAGAGUGGCAGCCAGCCCGCCUGCCUGGAUCACGUGCAGGACCGGAAGGCCGCAACACUCAAGGCUCACCAGUCUGAGAGUCACCUGCCCAUCGGCUGCAAGCUGCCACCCCAGUCUCCGAGUGUGGACACAAGCCCUUGCCCCAACUCUCCCGUGUUCAGGACUGGCAGCGAGCCCACUCUGAGUCCGGCACUGGUACGAAGGUUCUCUUCGGACGCUAGGGCAGGGGAGGCACUUCGGGGAUCAGACAGUCAACUGUGCCCCAAGCCACCCCCAAAGCCCUGCAAGGUGCCCUUCCUCAAGGUUCCUCCCUCUCCAUCUCCCUGGCUAAACUCAGAGGCCAACUACUGUGAACUGAACCCUGCUUUUGCGGUGGGCUGUGACAGGGGAGCCAAGCUUCUCUCACAGGCUCUCGACAGCCACGAGAUGCUGCUGACAGCCAAACAGAAUGGGGCAUCGGGUCCCCGGAACUCUGGCAUCAACUACUCGAUACUUGAUGGGGAUGACCAAGGGAGACAUUGGGAUCCCCUGGCCGUGCAGACGGAUGAGGGUCAGGAGGACGAGACCAAGUUUGUACCACCUGUCAUGGAGACAGUGUCAUCAUUCAGACCCAAUGACUUUGAGUCGAAGCUUCUUCCUCCAGAGAACAAGCCCCUGGAAACAGCCAUGCUAAAGCAUGCCAAGGAACUGUUCACCAACCAUGACGCGAGGGUCAUUGCACAGCACAUGCUGAGCGUGGACUGCAAGGUUGCUAGGAUACUGGAAGUCUCUGAAGACAUGAAGAGGAGCAUGGGCGUGAGCUCGGGACUGGAACUCAUUACCUUGCCUCACGGACGCCAGCUGCGCCUGGACAUUAUUGAAAGACACAACACCAUGGCCAUUGGCAUUGCUGUGGACAUUCUGGGCUGCACGGGCACAUUGGAGAACCGGGCAGGAACCCUUAAUAAGAUCAUCCAGGUGGCAAUGGAACUGAAGGACACCAUGGGAGACCUCUAUUCCUUCUCAGCCAUCAUGAAAGCCCUCGAGAUGCCUCAGAUCACAAGGUUAGAAAAAACAUGGACGGCUCUGAGGCACCACUACACGCAAACAGCCAUCCUCUACGAAAAGCAGUUGAAGCCCUUUAGCAAAAUCCUGCAUGAAGGCAGAGAGUCGACAUAUGUCCCAGCAAGCAGUGUGUCCGUCCCACUGCUGAUGCCUCUUGUGACCUUAAUGGAACGGCAGGCUGUCACUUUUGAAGGAACCGACAUGUGGGAAAAAAAUGACGAGAGCUGUGAAAUCAUGCUGAGUCACUUGGCCACAGCCAGGUUCAUGGCCGAGGCUUCGGAGAGCUACAGGAUGAAUGCUGAGAGGGUCCUGGCAGAUUUCCAACCGGAUGAAGAAAUGACUGAAAUCCUAAAGACUGAGUUCCAGAUGCGAUUGUUGUGGGGCAGCAAGGGUGCUGAAGUCAACCAGAACGAGAGAUAUGACAAGUUCAACCAGAUCCUAACUGCCCUCUCACGGAAACUGGAACCUCCUUCUGGAAAGCAGGCUGAGCUGUGAGAACCUUCUGGAGGACCCCGGGGCACAACCUGGAGCUUCCCCAGCCCCUCCUCCGGGAAUGCUUAUCAUCUGAUAAAGUAAUACCGUGCAAAAUCUAACGAGAUGCAAGCCAUCAAUAUCCGUAGGAUAUUAAAUGUGUAGAUUGCACAGAGCACACUUAUUUAUGAAUUGUUUAAAAUUACUACUGAUUUUUAAAUGAAUGUUAAUUUAUUAUUAAGAUAACUAUUGCUAAUGUGGAUCAGCAAAUUUAAGACCCAGCUAUGUUGCUGGUUGUUUAAUAUCAUGGUAUUUGACCAUCUUAGUUUUAAUUCCAUGUCACAUACAUGUAAACAGAGGCAUUUAAAAGGAAAGCAUGAAACAUUGAAGAGGGUAUCAGUUAUAUGAUAUUCUUUGAUAUGAAACUGUAAAUAGUGAAUGGAAAUAUAUCUUUUUGUGAAA